AUGCGAUUGGGGAUUCAACAGAAUGAAUCUGAGGUGAAGACCCCUAUUCCUAUGAUUGAAGACCGGCUGCGCUACAAACUUCGCCAGGCACGAAGGCGUUUGUUCAGACGGAAUGUUCGGGCAACAGAUGUGCACUUAGAUAUUGAGCGGCUGCGCCUAUCAAACCUUUUUAGUCGGUGGCCAACAGCGGCUCUUGUAGAAAUAUGCAACAAGAUGGUGUUAGAGGCGUAUCAAAAGGGUGAGGUUCUUGCGUACGGUGAAGAACCGAGAGCGAUUUCGUCUCUUUUUUGGAUUGUGUCGGGGAGAAUAUCUGAAGUUCCUCCAAAACAUGAACUGCGCGGGGCGGGGACGUAUGGAGCCCCUUUGGUGGCGUGUGGGACAGCGAGGUCUUCAUCAAAAGGCUAUGUGCGUGAGCAAUUUGGAAAUGGUGCGGAAAAUAGUUUUGUUUUCUUUAGGACUGGUAAGUUUGUGCCUGCGGAUUAUCUGUUUCUGGAUUCCAACUAUCGAAGAACAGUCCGUUGCGAGAGCAGUGUCUUGGCAUUCCGGGUCCCGUUCAGGGAGAUAAUGUUUAUUCAAAGGGAGUUUGGCGCUCCUCUGGAGGCUACCGUUAGUGCUGCCAAAGAAAACGAACAAGAAAGGAUGCUCGAGGGAAAUGAAAAACCCACAAUUCAACGUGUUUUGAGUGCAAAUGCGGUGUUGGCUAGUUUGGAAAGUGCGACACUUAACGUCAUAUGGAUGGCAUUAUCCCCUGUCGUAGUUUGUGCCGGAGAGUAUCUAUGUGACGACAUCUUUAACUCUGAAACAGUUUAUAUUCUUCAGUCAGGGUGUGUCAAGAUUGCCCGCAAUAUUUUAAGUUCUCCUAAGUAUGUCACAAACUGUGGGAAUUCUAUUGGUUUGCACGGUUUCACGCCGACAGAGUUAGCUUCUUCACUGCAGGAAAAGCACCCCGCCGUUGCGGUGAAGGUCUCACUGCUGUGGAGUAUUCCACUGAAGAUACUACUACAGAUAGUGAGUGUGAGCGAAUGGAAAGCGUGCAUGAAGACAGCCUACCAACUAAUGCGCCGUACAAUAAGUUCUGAAGUGCUAAAGAGGAUUUCCGCAUUUUCGGAAUUCGACGACAGUACGCUUGAUCAACUUGCAAAGUAUCUGGGGUUGCGGGCCGUUUGCCGGAAGGAGCAUAUAUUAGUAGGUGGAAAAGUUCCAUCAGAGGGCAUUAUCAUUGUUUCCGGUGCAUGCUCUUUCACCAGUUGUGAGUCCGAUGAUCGACCACUUGCUGGGGAUAAAGGAGUGAAAACUGUGACCCAGGGUCAUAGUGUGGGGUUUGAAGAAUGUAUCACGGGGAAUAAGCUCAGGCAUGGACUUUGUGCCGCGGUUAACUCUGUAGUCCUCUGCUUAGAACGUAACCUCAUACUGGAGGCGCUGCAAGACAAGGAUAAGUUUCUCAAACGAUGCACAUCUAGGGUAGUGCAACGAACACCAUGUAGUUCGUGUGAUCAGUCUGGUACACCACUAAGCAGAAGAGCAGCGCGGGACCCGCUACUCUACCGCGGGGAAGUUAGUUCUAGCGAGGUGAACUGGUCGGUAAGUCAAUCAAAAGUUGCCGAGCUCGACAGCUGUACGUCGGAUAUUGAUGUUGACCAGGUGGUGCAACAGAAUACUAAGAUACUCUCAACACUUUUCGUACGGUUGAGUGAUUUGAACCCCAGUACUCGGGGUCACGAAGUUAGUCAUUCAGAGUAUGACCUCGCUUCGCAUUUGGUUUUUCGAAACCCACGGUAUGGCGAGCAGAAGGGAAACUACCGUGCAAAGUCGUGUUUCACCGUCGAUGAAAAGGGUUGCGUUAAGUUCAGCAGCGACGGCGCUGUCCAGAAAGAAACAAAACCAAGUGCCCAACCAACGAGCGGUGUUAAGAAGGUGGCUGCGAAGGGCUGCACACCCGCCGAGGUGACGUUGGCAAUUUAUGAGGCGGUGAGAAAUGGGCCACCAAGACAUGUAAAGCAGAGUCCUUCCACGGUGGCGCUGCGGUGCCCUCCCCCCAGUGGUCUGGCUGCCGUUGUUGGUCAGUGCCCGGCGUCCCAUAGGGUGUUAGCGCUGAGACGCGAGAUGAACAUAUUGGGGGACAAAGUUGACAACGUAUCUGUCCUUCCGAUCAAUUGUGUACUGCCGAUGACCAAGUUGCGUCCAACCGUGCAUCGCGCCAUGUAA